CCUCUCUCCUCUCCUCUCCUCUCACGCCCGUCAAGCGGGCAGUAAGCUCCUCCAUGCGGGUAGAUCUACGCGGCGACGGUGCAUGCCUUAAUUGUGUGUGGCGUUCGACUCUGGCGGUGUUGUGAUUCCGAAUUAUCACCACCACUAUACCUCUGUGACUGCUUCAGAACUACAGAGGGGACUGAUUGGGACCUCUGUUAGUACUGUUACUAUGUGAUUGGAAUACUAUGGAUUAUUAUAAAAGGGACCACAAAAAAAGAUUAGGAGCAGUACGGGCGAGUGAAGCAGUGAGAACAACACCGGGUUGACAAGCUGUGACGUCACCAUGACUACAGAGGUGGACGUAGCACCGCCCCUCGUCCCGCCCCUUGACCUUGACAUCACAGCGCCACCUCUCAUCAUGGACAGCAUCGUCACAGACAGCAGCAACAGCAACAACAACAUUUAUAACCACACAGUCGACCAGGCACUAGAUGGAGAUACAGCAGACUGUGGGAAGUACAUGGAUAACGAAAACGACGAUAACAACGAAAACGACAAUAAUAACGAUGAUGACGAAGACGUCGAUGACGCACACAUAGGCGAUGAGGAUGACGCUCACGAUGAAAUAUUCGGACAAAGAUCCGAUUCCGAUUCGGAAAUGGAUUCGCCGGACGACUUUAGUGCAGUCGACUCGGACCAAAUCCCCGAAGCGGCAACGAUACGACAUCGCGAACCCACUUCAGAAUCGGAUAACAAAUACUCCGCUGAACACACCAAAACGGUUGAAAACGCUCAAAAAGAGUCGAAUAUUACACCAGCAGAGAAUUUCAACACAUCCGAAACCGACACAGAAGUUAAUCAAUCAAACGCCAUCGUUCAAUCAACCAUCGAAACUGAAAACGAAAACCCAGCUACCAACGAAUCGAAUCCACACGGAACCGACCCUUCCAGCGAUUCCGAACCCGCGGUGAUAGCACAACAGGACUCGAGCGCCAUUGACACAGAACCGUCCUGUCUGUCCAACAACAGCAGCAGCGACGGUUCCAACACCACAGUGCCGCCUGCUCCGGAGAACUUUCCCGCGCUAGGAACGGCUGUCCUGGCCGACAAGAUGGAGGAUGGUGACGUGUCUAAACAGACGGGGCUGAUGGACAGUAUACAGGGUAUCGGUCUGACAGACCUGAGCCGUCUGAAGGGUCUGGACAAGGCUGACCCGACAGUGAGGAGGCUGUUCGUGCGCCCGCGGGUCACCACACGGGAGCUCAUGUCGCUCACCAUAGACCCAGACAUCAAGGCGGUGGUGGAUGAGUUCCUCAAGAACAACAUCGUCGGAAACUUUAUCAUUGCCAGAGUCCUUAGAGAGAACUAUGCCUUGUUCUACUCCUGGCUGUCCACCCACAUCCAGUCAGAGCGCAACGCCUGGGCCGUGAGACUGAGACAAGCGUUGGUGCAGGCCGAGCAGCACCGCAAAGAUUCCAUAGACAUUUCCGACUUGGUGGUUCACUCGGCCGCACGGCUCAGACAUCUCGUCCAGUCCGCCAGCAACACCAUGUUCGGUUUGCCUACCAAAGGCCACCACCACCACCACCAUAGACGUGGUACUAAAUCAAUACGGAGUAUCUCUCAGCGGCGACAAGGCGCGUCUACGACAAAAAGCGUCGCGUCUUCCUCUUCAGGGGUGUCUAGCAACGCUCACAGUAUACCCAACAUCAAUGGAAGAGACGCCAAAGACGCCAAAUCAUCCACGGGGUUGUAUCCCUUCAGCGUGGACAUGGACGACAAAACGAUGGCCACGGCGUAUCAAAACAGGAAGUCCAACUUCCAGAACCGCCUGAUGGCGAUGAGUCGUCUCAACGAGCGGUCAAUUGCUGCUAUGGCAGGUAAUAAGGGACUGACCCAGUCUUCCUUCAACGUGGUCAGUGUUGUGGACACGUCACGAGUCGCCAAAAACCCCGAGGCGGAGGCGAGCGUCAGGGCUAGUGAGUCUGAGGCAGAGACCAAAGACGACGCGACGACGAGUGGAAACGGGAAGAAACCGAAGCCAAACGUUAAAAUUCAGCAGAACGCACCACCAAACUGGAGGCAUGGCGGCGGCGUGCAUGUGGGGAAACUCAAGAAAAAGGGGAACCACCCUUUCGAGUAUAACGAAGAGGAGUUCAAGGCGCUCUACGCUGACGGUGGGGACGAGACUGACGAUGUCGUGGUGGGUUACGACGAGGAGGAGACGGACUGGAAGCAAGUGCUGAGAGACAACAUCGAGGUUCUCACCGACAUCUGUGACACUCUCGUCAACGACCGCACCGAGUGUCUGAGGCUGGUCGGGGUUAAACCCAACGCCGUGGCCAGUCUAGUGGAAGCUGUGUCCGGCUUUGUUAAAGACAGGCACUACAGCGGACACAACAAGAGAAAAGAAAUCGAGAGAAGGCUUGGAAUGUUAGAAGCGGAGAACAAAAAUCUACAAAACGAGAUGACCGUUUUACAGAACACUCUGAAAGAGAAGAACAACGAUGCUUUGAACUUACAAAGACAGCUGGAUAAAGUGGAGAACAUGCUGAAGGACAACAUGAACAGCAAAGUGCACAAGUGUGUGGGCACCGACGACUUUCUCAGUCUCAAAACCCUCCACAAGAACGGGCACAAGACGAGGAAAAGUCCAGCGGCGUUUGACGAUAAGAACAGCAACAACAAGGGCCCGUUGACGAACGGUGUCGGUCUGAAGAUUCCUGUCGGAGACAUGGACGAGGCUGGACUGAGACUGGAGUCAAAACAGAUCCUGAGAAGUGUUCCCGCAGAGCAGGAAGUGAAGCAGUCUGGGAAAUCUACGAACGAAACCCCGGUGGGGAACAUUACCGAGAAACAGAACAUCAACCUGACAGCGGAGGUCGACAGCGGUAUGAGGCCGACGAGAGAGCCGUCACUGAUCGAGAUCUCGGAGGAGAAACUAAAGACGCUGAAACAACGGGCGCGGAAACUGGAGGAUUCUCUGCACGACGCCAUCACCAGCAUGGAGAAACUGAACAAGGUGACCCCUCACGACGACAGCGCGUCCAUGCAUAGCACAACAUCUGGGUCCACCAUCACGUCCAUCCUGGUCAAGCCGUCCCGCUCCUACAUGCCGCGACAUCACCACCACUACUGGAAGAAAGCCUCGCUGGAGGUCAACGGAGUGGCCCCAGAAUCCGCGAGGAUCCCCAAACUGACCGUCAUCAGACGUCCAGGGUUCAUAUCCGAGCGUCGGUGUCAGUCAGAACACCCGCCAUCCAUCACUUUAGAGUCAGAACACACCAGCUUUCUCGAGGGGAAAUCCGUCGUGCAGGCGCCCUCCGAUGGCAGCUUGUCGCAUCGAACCCCUGCCCCCCACGACGUGCCCUACAACACACCCAUCCCGUCCACCAACAUGAGAAACCUCGGGGACAGACUCAACGGCAUCACGCCGCUGGGGGUCACGCCCGUCUCCAGAAUUAGCCAAACCGUGGACUACACAUCCGGAGAGGAAAACUACUUCUCAGAGGACAACUUCCGAGACGACGAGCUGAGCGACACGCCACGUCGUAAAGGAAAAUCUAUCGCGGGAAGUAACAACGGCGGGGGCGGUGGGGAGAAAUGGGCGUCCUCUUCCACUUCUACCUCAAAAAGAAAAGCCCGCGUCAUCUCCCGGUUCCGGCCCACUGGCGGCGGGAUGGUGGCCAAGUGUCUGCGCUGUCAGAAGUUGUUCAGCUCGGUGGACAACCACAAGCUGGCCUGCUGCUACCACCUCAAGGGCAAGGAGAGGCUGGAGCACUACGACCACUGCGGCCGGCUGCUGAGGGUGCUCUACGCCUGGAAGUGUUGUCGACAGCCACAGGACGCCGAAGGAUGUUGCUAUGGGCAACAUGUAUAAGGGCCAACAAUAUCAAUAAUAAUAAUAGAUAGCAUUUGUAUAGCACAAAUCCCCGCUCAACAGCAAGCUCUAUGCGUUCCACAAUCUAUACUAUUAUAUCUACCACAGAAGAAGUAUACCAGUAUCCCAAGAGCCAUUAUGGUUUUUCGGAAAGAGUAAUUAGUCUGAAAGACACAAACAGCUGAGUGAAAAAGAAAAAAA